AUUUGCGCUUAAACUGUACCAGAUUGCAGGCCCUUCCCUCGUGGGCGUGCGUAACAGUCCGCGUCCCUUUUCUAAAUAUAACUCCCCUUAAAGCACAGAGAAACAAUCCUUAUCCAAUCAGGGACUGCCUCAAAACUUGUCAGUGUAGAUUUUUUUCGGAUACACCAUUGCGCUCUGGCCCAUUCUGAGGCCCGGGGUGGUGCGUAGAAGAGCGCACAGCUGGAGGCGCAUUGUCUCUAUGCAAACUGCCCGACAUGGCUUUUGUAUGUGUUUGGGCAUAUAUGGAGGCAACGGCGGCCCGGAGCCCACAGCCCGUGUGAAGUCUCAGGGAGAGUCGCCCCCGCUCGUGUUGCGCGCGUUUCCCUCGUCUCUCUCUCGGUCUCCGCUAUGAGCUGCCUGGAUGUGAUGUACCAUCAAAGCUAUGGAGCGCACUACCUCCCGGCCGCUGCGUACAAGGCGACGUACUACAACCACCAGCAGCAACAGAGGAAGCUAAGUGUCUACAACAAGAUGCAGGAGUGUAUGGAACAACAGUCUAUUGGAUCUAGAGCAAUGCUGCCUCACAACCUUCACCGCCAGGCCUCUAUUCGCAGAUCGCCCUUGGACACGGACCUGAAGGACAGUAACCAGCCAGCGGAGGCAGAGUAUCUGAGUGCCCGCUGCGUUUUGUUCACUUAUUUCAGAGGGGAAAUCGGGGAUGUAGUGGAUGAACAUUUCUCGAGAGCUCUGAGCCAGGCCAGCAGCUUCAGCAGUGAGAGCAAGCCACUGCAAGUGACACAGCCAACCCCAUCCACCUCUUCAGGAGCAUGGAAAGAUGGUUCUUCUCCUCUCGAGUCCCCAACCCACUCCGGUUGGACCUCCUCUUGCCCCUCCCAAUCCAGUAUCCCAGUGCAUCCAGACUUUUCCUCCAGCCCUAUCUCCUUCCCCCCAGAAGGCCCUCUCUGGACUGGGCACGUCUUCUCCCAAAGCAGCCUCCCUCCUCCACCUCCUCCACCCACCACCCUCGCUGACUCCUGGUCAUACAGCCUUAACCCCCAAACCAGUUCCUCCUAUCCCAAUGUCCAGGAUGUCUACCAUACCCACUCCCACAGCAACACCAUGCACUCUCGCCAUCCUCACCAUCACCCAAUGCUUCACCCGUACCCCGCUCACACUUCAACAAUAGACCCCAGGUUCAGCCCGCUGUUGCUGCCUAGCGUUAGAAACCAGAGCCAGCCUUCGGCCAGUUCAAGUCCACUCAGCGAAGGAGUCAAAACGGAAUUGGACGCUAGCAGCCCAGCCACGCCUAUUUCGUGGGCUCCAACCAGCAUACAUGGAUCAUUGGAGAUGUAUGAUUCCAAUGCAUAUGCCAGAAUGCCCCAGCUCUCAACAAGCUCUCGUCUGCUCCCCUAAAAAUACCAAAAUGGACAUUGUUUCUUGAUUUUGCAGCUCAAACCAAAGCUAAAAUCUGGUUUUAAAAGGACAUUGACCAGAGUUCAUAACUGAUGCCAAAGGGACCUACUAUGAAGCUUUAGUGGUUGCAACACCAGCACUGUAUGUAUAAAGUAGAUACUAGUACGCUUACUGUAGACUCAAAAGUAUUGCACUGUUCACACUAUUUCUUAUGGAGAAAAACUCAGGCUUGUUGAUUUGAACUGUUGACUGCCAAGAAAGCUACUAACUUUACAACCAAAUUUAUUUUUAAUGCAUUUUGUGUGAUAAAGUUCUGUUUCAAGAGCCUGAUUUUGACUAUUUGUUUUUGGUUAUUAUUGUAAAUGUGCUAAAUGACUUUGCUGGAGUAUCUCUGUUUAAAUGUCGACUGAUGAUUUUUCCCUUUUUUGCAUUUGAAGAAUUUGUAAAUAUUGUUACAGUAUGUCUAAGUAAUAAAUUGUUGAACUAAAUUGGAUAA